UCCUGACACCUCCGACUGGAGGUGUGUCCAGCAGAAAUCCCCCUGCCAGUCCACAGAUGUAGCUGCAGCUCUGAGAGAGACCGAGAAGCAGGGAGGGAGGAAGAGUUUGGACGCACUGCGGAGGGGAGUGCAGCCAUGGGGAACGCGCAGGAGAAACCCACCGGCAGCAGCGGCGGAGGAGGCACGCCGAGACGGGACAAGCCGCGGACUCACGGAGCUCCCGGAAAGGAGGUCGCCAACGGCGCUCCGAGAGAAAACAGCCCGGCAGGUGGGGAAGAGGAGCCGCAGCAGCAGCAGCCGGACAGCUCCGGGGUGGAUAGGAGUUACCUGGAUGCUCCGGCCGGAGCUUUGCCUCCUCCCCUGGCCCGGCUGAAGAAUGAGGGGAACUACCUCUUUAAAAACGGCCAGUUUGGAGACGCGCUGGAGAAGUACAGCCAGGCUAUAGAUGGAUGCUCUGAGGCAGGCAUUGACAGUCCAGAAGAUCUGAGUAUCCUCUACUCCAACAGAGCCGCCUGCCACCUGAAGGACGGAAACAGCAGCUACUGCAUUCAAGACUGCAAUAAGGCCUUAGAGCUGCAGCCCUUCUCCUUGAAGCCGUUGCUGCGCAGAGCCAUGGCCCAUGAGUCACUGGAGCGCUACAAGAAGGCCUACGUGGAUUACAAGACGGUGCUGCAGAUCGACACCGGAGUGCAGGCGGCUCACGACAGCGUCCACAGGAUCACGAAGGUGCUGAUCGAGCAGGACGGGCCCGAAUGGAGAGAAAAGCUUCCCGAGAUUCCCGUCGUCCCGCUGGCCAUCCAGCAGCAGCACAGAGAGAAACCGGUCAGCGUAGAGGUGGCGCAGGCGCGAGCCGCCAGGGCCGCGCAGGAGGAAGCCAGAAGAAAAGAGGCUCGCUUCACUUUACUCAAACACGAAGGCAACAGUCUGGUGAAGAAGGGCCUCUUCCAGGAGGCUCUGGAGAAGUACACUGAGUGUCUCUCGGUGAAACCCGAUGAAUGUGCUGUUUACACAAACAGAGCCAUCUGUUUUCUGAAGCUGAGUCGGUACGAAGAGGCCAAACGGGACUGCGACUCGGCGCUGCAGCUGGAUCCAGCCAAUAAGAAAGCCUUCUACCGACGGGCGCUGGCCUUCAAGGGACUACAGGAUUACCUAUCGGCCAGCAGCGACCUGCAGGAGGUCCUCCAGCUGGACCCCAAAGUCCACGAGGCCGAGCAGGAGCUGGAGGAGGUGACGAGUCUGCUGAGGCAAAGCUUGAUGAACAGAGCUGCUCACACGUGAGGCGGAAGAGCAGAACGAAUUUUAUCGGCACAAACGCGGCACCACGUGUUCGGUGAGGGCUGUGUGUAAUGGAUAGAAACAUUGCACAUUAUACAACAAGCAAAACAACAACAACAACAACAACAAAAAAAACCCCAUUAAGAUUUGAUGAAUUCCUGCAGGCGUGGCGAUGCUUCAUUGUUCGCAGAGGCAUGUUACAGGUUGGGUUCUUCACCUGGAUUUCUCUGUUUUUAGCUGAGCGAGUAGAGGAUGAACUGGUUUUCAGCUCCACAUUUCAUUAAAAUAAGCUGUAAAUUUAUCUUCUCAUUGCUAAAGAAUCACAGUUCGAUACAGAUACACUUUUCUUACCAUCAUUAAGAUCAUGUUUAUUUCCCAAAAUUACUUCUAUUUGCUGAAUGCCAGAAUAACCAAAGAUACUUUUUUUUUUUUUGUUAACUUGAGUUUACAUAAAUUUCCUUGGUAUUUGCUAAAAUGGCCCCGUACUGUAUUUGGGUAUCCCUUUACAAGCUUCUCUCAAUGGUUUUGGGACAUUUCGGCCCAGUCCUCCUGACAGAACCGGUGUAACCGGAGUCGGGUUUGUAGGCCGUCUCGUCCCUUUCUUACUCAGAUUUUCAGCUCUGUUCACAAAGUUUGUAUGACACCAGAGCUUUGAGGUGGUUCCUUCACAAUGUUGACUUUGUUGUCCUUAAGCCA